UGCACAGUUCAUGUGCAUUUCUGGAGUUCGGCGUCAUCUUUUACGUAAUGAGCUUUGUUUGGUUACAACCUGUUGAUAUGUACUAAUAUACACCGCAAUUCUUUGCGUUAUUUCAUGAGAGUAUAUUGUAUCCUAGUUCCUAUAUUAGUUUCAAUACAUUUGGUGGGAGGAAAGUAAAAGGUAUUCGUCGUGAAAUGAGUGAUUCUGGAGACAAUAUUAAAUAUAAAUGGACCCCUGAAAGUACUUCGCUCUUGGUAUCGGUGUGGUCGGAUAGGCAAGUGCAAAAGCAACUUGAGUAUGCUUCGAAGCCACAACUUGUUUGGGAAAAUGUUGCACGAUAUAUAAAAAAGAAAGGAUACAAUGUCUCAGGUAAACAAUGUCGAUCACGAAUGAAACAGGUCUUGGUUUGUUACCGUGAAGCCAAACGAGCUGGUACUCGCGCUGGUGUAGAGCAAUAUUAUGAAUCAAUUGAUAGAGUUCUUAAAAAUAAACGUAUUGAAGAAAAUAUUGGCAUAGAUACUGUGGAUGCAACAAUAAAUGUUAAGUCUCCUCCAAAGGAAGUAAAAACGAGUAAAAAUUUGCAAGUGAGACAUAAAUUUCAGGAGCCUGUACCAUCACUCCAUCGUACAGAAGCAUUAUCACCUACAUGGGCAUUAGGACGUGAAAAUGAAUAUCCCGAUUCUCCUGAAUCAAAUGAAACUAUAAUAGCACGUCCUUAUAGAGUCUUUUCUCCAACAAGGGAUGUAGCUAUCAAUACUGGUGAACAGUUAACUCAGAUAGCUGCUAAAUCAACACAGUGCAAUACUUUUCCAGUAGAAGAAUCAUUAAAUGUAAAUUAUAAACAAAAUUUAGUACCAGGUUAUAAUUAUGGAGAAAUACCCUUCCAAAAUACGGUACAAAAUGUGCAAAAUCAAAUAAUCCAAGAAAAUAUGCAGCAUAAUUUGCAACAGAAUCAUAUGUGCAAUAAGCAGAACAUUUUAGUGAAUAACUUAAACCUUGAGCAAAAUCUACAAAAUCUAAAUCAAGGUUUAACAGCACAAUCUAUAAAUGUACCAAUGCAAUUUAGUUCAAUGACAAUGCAAAAUCCUAAUGUUGAACAUGUAAUUCAACAACACAAUCAGUUGCAAUACUUAGUAAAUACAAAUAAUCGUGCAAUGCCUCAGGAACCACGAAAAACUGUGCUAGAUCAGGCUUUAACAAAUAUGUGUAAACAACUGUAUGGCAAUUGUUCAGCUCAUAUACCUGUUGUAGAAGAUACUAAACGAAUUGGAUCUUUGUCCCCAGAUUAUUCACCAGAUGUAUCUCAAAAUUUAAAUGAUGCUUUCUAUCAAUCAAAGAGUGAUGAAAAAGCACCCAAUUUAAAUAAAACUUAUAAUACAAUUACGCAAGCUACAAACUCAUUAAGAGUACAAAAUCCUGAGAUUUCUGUGAUUACAAAUAAUGCAACAUAUAAUGAUGAUAGCUUGUUAGAAUUUCUGAUAGAUUCACCAACUCCAUCCGAAAAUGAUAAUAAAUCAAAAGAUAGUACCGUCAAUACAGAUAAUAUCCCGGAUGUACCAUUAAGGAAAAAGAAAGCUGAGAAAUUAGAGCAACUCAUGUUAAGUGCCAUUAACUCUCAAAAUGAAGUCGUUAAUAAGAUACUUACUGCACAAAACGAUAUGGUGACAAAAUUUCUAGACAUAGAUAGAGACCGUCAAAGUAGGCUUGAAAAUCGUUUAGACAAUCUAUUAAAAGUUGUUCAUGCUUCUAUACUUACGAAGCAAACUUCAGAAGGAGAUAUCGAAAUACCUCCACCACCGCCAGAACCUACGAUAACAUCCUUAGUACCUCCUCCACGACCUGGUGCUGCACCUCCAAAGUUAGAUCUAGUUCCUCCAAAACCUUGUCGUGUACCUUGUACAAUACCAAAUUCAAACAUUGAAUUGAUUAAUCAAAAUACCAUAGUAACAAGACCAGGUGUGGUAUCACCUAUAACUAGUCCAGUGAAGAAACCUGGUACUAUAUGGUCAAAAUUGGGACCAGUAUCACAAUCUCCUUUUGUGAAAGCUCAGCAACGAUUAGGUUUACAAACAAUUACAUCUACGGAAACACGAACUCAAUCGUCUGCGGAGAGACGUAUAGCUAGGGAAGUGGAGAAAACUAUGGAUAUAGAAACGUUGAUAUUUGAAACUAAAAAUUUCUUGGACAUGGAGAAAGAACUAGAGGAGAAAAUAGAAAACGCUCGCCUUGAAACAACAAUAAGCCAGACUUUACAUGCACGUAGAAAAUUAUUUACUCAAAGAGAACCCACACCAGCAAUGAUAUUAACUGCGGCAUUUUUAGAGAAUGAAUGCCGCACGGCUGAACAAUUUAUAAGUUGUUCUAACAUGUCAAAUAUAAAUAAAAAAAAAUUACGAGAUAUCGAUGAUGAUUUAUUAGCGGGUCAAGGUGAAAGUUAUGACCGUCUACGGCAGUUCAAUAUAAAGCCUACUUACAUUCCUGACGAACCUUGUGAUACGUCUACGCCAGCAAAAAUAGGAACUAUUUCUAAUAAUCAUGAAAAAACAUCCAUACAAAUGGUAUCCAAGCAAACAAUUCAACAGUUAGCUCAACUUGUAAUGAAUACAGGAAGGUGGAAAGAUGCUGGAGGACAAACUGGACAACAAUACCUUGGGCAUCUAGUUCAGCCAAAUACACAUAAACAUCAAAUUAAUACACAAAAUGUACCCCCAGCUUUUUAUAACGAGCUAUACACAACAGGGCAACCUAAAACUAUGUCCAAAGAAAUUCAAACAAAAAAUGAUCAAAACUAUGUUCAAGACUGGAUGUUAAAUAAAUAUGAAGACCCAAUAAACGAACAGCGAAUAACAUAUGGUCCUUCUUGCAACGUAACAAAUCAAAAGCCAAACUUUCCUAUAGGUUUCACAAGAUCCAACACUGAAAAUUUAAAGCAAAAGGAUUCUAAUAGUGAGAUGUGCAAACCCCUUGAAUUCAAUAGUAACGUUAUAUCAGAUCGUAAACAGAGCGUGCGUUUCAUGGAUGAGGCGUUGGCUGAAUUACAGCGUAUGUGUAUUGAAACAAUGUCUAAAGAACAACAAACAAUGAAUGAUAGCUUGCCAUAUGUGUUGAAUAAUCCUAAUACGCUUCCAAUUGAGAAUCGACAGAUGAUUGAAAAAUAUAUUCAUGAUUUAAUCCCAAGGAAAUUGAAAGACAAUAAAGACAAAGACACUGAUUCCGAUAACGAUGAUGAAUUUUUGGAUACUACUACUAGUAUGCCUGCGAUUGUACCACGUCGAAGUUCUCUUACAUCAACUGGUACUGCAUCUACCGAAACUGCACAUUCCAUAAAAUUCCCAAAACCAGACAAUUGCGUAAUAACUUAGU